AUGUCAUCUGGAACUCCUUCCGAACUUUCCGAACUAUCUAUCAGUGAUACCGAGUCUUUCGCGGACAUACACGACAUGUCGCCCACAUCGCCCGCGCCGGAAAGUGCAGGACCUUCUCAGGCGACAGAGACUGGUGGUUCUGUACCUUUCGUCGAUCGAGAUUCUCCCGAUGAAACCAAGCAUUCCAAGUACUAUUUCGAUGAUGGUUCAAUCGUGGUUCUGGUCGGAAAAUUCAAGUACCGCCUCCACCAGUACUUAUUCUCCAGAGACUCGCCCUAUUUCGCGAACAUCUUUACCCAUUACAUGCCCUCCGAGCCUCUCAAUCUGGCUGACAAGAGAUCCUCCGAUUGGUCGGGCCAUGCCUUCACCGCGCCAACCACAACAUACUGCGCGGACGGCCGCCAUGAUUCAGGAACUCUCGCAGAUGCAACGUGA